AUGACCAAGAAACAAAGGAUAAUCGUAGAGCCAAGAUUGAAGCCUAUCAAAUAUAAAUUGAAUGAUUUAACCUUCAACAAAAUCGCCAAGACCAAAGUGACAAUUGAUGGAGAGGAGUUUUAUUCUCUUGAAGACAAUCCGUUGAACAAGAGAGGUUACAAGUACAAACCAUGUAAACCUAAUAAAUUAUUUAAAUCAACACUUUAUUCGACUACUGAAAUAGCCUCUUUCAAUAUCAGACCCAGUUAUUUUGAUAAAUCACAAGGAAUAGUAUUCAAAGAUGAUCUUAUAGUAAGUAACAAGGAAAAUGGUUGGAGAAGUAUCAGAUCAAAUAUAGGUGUAUCGAAGGGAGAUUGGUAUGUGGAGUUUAAUAUCAUAAAAACCGGCGAUAAUGACCAUGUAAGGAUAGGUUUCGCCAGGAAAGAAGCCAGUUUAGAAGCACCUAUAGGAUUUGAUGGUUAUGGGUAUGGAUUGAGAGAUGUAACAGGUCAGAAAAUAACUUUGAGUAGACCCAAAUCGUUUAUGGAUAAAGGUUUUGCAUCCGGAGAUACCAUAGGGUUUAGAAUAGUAUUACCAGAAACAGAAGAAACUCGUGAAAUCAACUUAAUAAGAGAUCAAAUUCCUAUAAAGUAUAAGAACUCCCUUUAUUAUGAACAAUUUGAAUAUACCAAAACGGAAAAAAUGUCCCAGUUACUUAAUCCGGUGAAGAUAUUUGGUGAAAAGUUAACAAAAUUAGAAACGUUUGAAGACUUGCCCACAAUUCCUGGAUCCAAAAUAAUAGUAUAUAAGAAUGGAAAGGAGAUGGGAACGAUGUUUGAAAACUUAUAUUCAUUCAAUUCAAAAAACUUGGAACAGAGUUCCAACCCUAACUUCAAACACACAAAUGACGGAUCUUUAGGUUACUAUCCUAUGAUAUCAAUAUUCAACAAUGCUAUUGUAGAAAUGAAUGCUUCUGCUACUCCACCUGUUCCUGGAUGUAAACCAAUUAAUGAAAGGUAUGAUGAAUUUGUGGUGGAAGAAUAUUUCUGGGAUUUGAUGGAUGAGGUUGAAAGUUGUUAUCUUGAUGAUUUAGAGAAAAUAGAUCAGUAA